AUGCAGAUGAUUACGAUAGUCACUCUCCUGCUGCCACUUGCAAUGGCUGCUCCAACUCCCAUCAGCGAGCCUGCCUUGCAACCAAUGGCCGAACCCAUCAAGAGAUCCCCAGCAGCAAUUGAGGCAGUUGAGGCAGUUGAAGCGCGCUCUGAGGCGGAGCUUGACGAGACGGACGAGCAGUAUAAGCUGUACGUCUACACAACGUUUGAGUGA